UCCCGGUCAGGUGCGCGCAGCAGGGCGGGAGGGGCGCGCCAUGGAGGCGCCCGGAGGCGCUGGUCCGCGCGACACCAAGUGAGGCGGCCCGGCCGGGGUCGGCGGCCUCGCGGGUCAUGUACGGCGACGUGUUCAACGCCACGGCCGGCCCGGAGGCGGCUGGAGGCGGCGCGCUGGCCCUGGCGGCCACGGUCAAGGCAGAGGGCGCUUUGCCGCUGGAGCUGGCCACGGCGCGCGGCAUGCGGGACGGCGCGGCCACAAAGCCCGACCUGCCCACCUACCUGCUGCUCUUCUUCUUGCUGCUGCUGUCUGUGGCGCUCGUCGUCCUCUUCAUAGGCUGCCAGCUGCGCCACUCGGCCUUCGCCGCGCUGCCCCACGACCGUUCGCUGCGCGACGCCCGCGCGCCCUGGAAGUCGCGGCCGGUGUAG